CAAGUGCUGUCAUAGUCAAUAUUCAUUGAGGUUAUGUUUUAUUUAGGGUAACAAAUUGCAAUUUUAAAUUUUCUUUAGAAUAUUAAUUAAAUACUAAAGAAUAAGAUAAAUAUGUUUUAGUUCCAAGCAAGGAGAGUCAAAAUGAUGAAUUCACUGCAGACUACCGCAAAAUAUUUACGUCUAGUAAACUUAAAAAUUGCUUUAAAUACACUAAAAGAAUGCAAACCAACGGCGCCUUUACAACCGAAAUUAGACGUAAUAUCGAAAGCCAAAACUUUGUCAUUUUCACCUCGAAGUAUUAAUCUUGAGAUCAAUGAGAAGCCUAAUGAAGCAAGAAAAAAGCAAGAUCCUAUAUUCUACAUACCGAUAGUGAAUCCUCGAUCGAUUUUGCCCCUAAUUGACACAAACUGGAGGAAGGAUGAGAUAGGUCUGCCUGCAAUCCAGCAAGAAGAGAAACAGGCUGUCCGUCUGAUUGUUAUAAGAAGGAAAAAGAUGAAAAAGCAUCAGAGGAAGAAGCUUUGGAAGAGGAUGAGAUAUCGCUGGGCCAGGGUAAAUAAGAACCGCCGCAUUAAGAAGGAGAAGAUCUUCCAAAAUGAGCUGUUUGCUAUGGUGAAGCAAGCCAAUGAGUUCUCGGCAGAGCAAUACGUAGCCAGCAAGCUGCAGAAGGCCAACCACACCCCGCUGCCCACGCGCUGGCGACACAAGCGGCUGCCGGAGUUCAUCAUACGACAACUGCUGGGCAUUGAUAAGAAGAUCAAUUAUAAACACACCGAUGUUUAUAAAGCAUGAUUAUGUAGUUAAUUAAAUAAUAUAGUAUUGUUUUAG